AAACUAUGUACACCUUCUCCAAUCAUCCUAUUGGACUCCUCCCUAUGGAACAGAACUACGAUCCAUCUAAACCAUCAAUAUCAGAGUUUUUCGCUGGUCGGGAUGUUUUCAUUACUGGAGGCACUGGUUUUAUGGGAAAAGUUUUAAUUGAGAAGCUUUUACGAUCUUGUUCGAAACUGAGUAACAUCUUCAUACUAAUACGUGAGAAAAAGCAGAAAACUAUUAUGGAGCGCAUCAAUGAAAUUAAGAAUCUACCGCUAUUCGACAAACUCCGAAACGAGCAAAGUGAACUGUUGGAUAAGAUGAUUCCAAUACAAGGGGAUGUAUCUCUAUUAGCGCUUGGUCUUUCCCAGGAUGAUAUCGAUAGAAUGUACAAUGUGUCAGUUAUCUUUCAUGUGGCUGCUAGUGUACGGUUCGACGAUCCGCUCAAAACUGCAAUUUUGCUCAACACGCGAGGAACUCGUGAAUUGCUACGUUUUGCCAAACAGUUACCUGCACUUCGCGUGCUUAUGCAUGUCUCCUCCACUUACUCGAAUCCAGAUCGCUACGUGAUUGAAGAAGAAAUAUAUCCAGCAUAUGCAAAUUGGCGUGACGCAAUACGCAUCGCUGAAACAUUUGACGAACAAACAAUUGAUGUAUUCGCUCCCAAAUAUAUGGGUUUUUUGCCCAAUACGUACGUUUUCACUAAAAGCUUAGCGGAACAUAUUGUCAACGAGCAUAAGGAUCGCUUGCCGAUAAUUUUGUUUCGUCCAUCAAUAGUAAUAUCCUCAAUGAAAGACCCUAUCCCAGGCUGGAUGGAUAAUUUUAACGGCCCCGUAGGUCUGCUGGUCGGAUGUGGUAUAGGCAUCUGUCGUACGAUGUACUGUGAUCCCAAUAACAUAGCUGAUUUUACGCCGGUUGAUGUGUGCAUCAAGGCAAUGAUCGUUGCCGCAUGGAAGCGUGGCACUGAUCCGGCCCAAAGAUCGGCUAUCAAGAGCGAUUUGCUUCCUGAGAUCCUCGCUCUCGUUGAUAAGCGAGCGCUAGCACCCAUAUUAGCUAAGCCGUCUGUUAGCAACGCAUCGCUUACGCACACAUCCACUAAUGUAUCGUCGCUCAAUGCCACAAAUACAUCCAGAACGACUAAAACAGCUUCCGCUCGCCGUACAUUUACUAACUCAACGGAGCUCACUGCUGAUAUCCAAGCUGCGAAUGAUACCAACACUGUAGAAGAUUCUGACAACUGUAACCACUACAAUCAUCGUACUAAGCCGACUAGUGAUGUUAGUGCUGGAAACUACCGAACAAAUACACAAGCAUCUUCUGAUCCUGUUUUGAACCAAAACACCACCAACAGGGGCAUAGCCGAGAAAGUAUGGUUAUACUUCACGAACAUCAAAUCGCAUGUCUCCGCUGAUGAUAUGCGUGUGUGGCUUAAAGCUGUGCUACCAACGGACGAUAUUAAUGUUUACCGUCUCACGAAAAAGGGUGUGAACCUGGACUCGAUGUCCUUCAUAUCGUUCAAAGUGAGUGUUCCUAAAUCUCUUAAGGAGCUUGCGCUGCAGUCUACUAUUUGGCCAGUUUCACUUACUGUUCGGGAGUUUGUUGCUCGUGGCCUACCAAAGCAACGUGUACAUGAAAGGGCUCGAUUUGACCCUUCUGAGCUUAUUUCGCAUCGUACAAAUAGUGAAAAUUGCUCUUCAGCUGUGCCAAAAACUACCGCUCAUCCGGAUCAUUUUUUGGAACAUCGAUCGCCACCCCCACAGCGCGGGAUUCUAUCACCAUCCCAGUUGACCGAGAUCCUAGAGGCUAUUCAACUGGAGUUUCCUCCCACACCGCCUCAGUUAUCACCGGGGGUGGGGCUUCAAUCACAAUUCAAUCUCAGCAACAGAACAGCUCACAAUUAAUAGACCCAUUCGUGAUAUAUUACCAAAAUGUUCGAGGCCUUCGCACCAAAUACAAUGAAUUGCGCCUUUCUGCGAAUGAAUCAGGGUUUGAAAUGCUUGCCCUUACUGAAACCUGGUUAAAUGAAUCGAUUCCAUCCAACAUGGUCCUUGAUAGUGAUGCCUACAACAUAUACCGCUGCGAUCGAAGCAGGUUAAACAAUGAACGUUUGCGUGGGGGUGGUGUGCUACUUGCAUGUUCCGUUCGAUAUCCUUCUGUGGCACUUAACAUUAAUCAACCCACGCUUGAAGCUUUAUGUAUACGUGUUUCUUUUUCUAAGUUUCGUCUUUAUGUGGGGAUUGUUUAUGUGCCACCGUAUUUGAGCAGCGACCGCAACUAUUUGGAAUCCCUUUCUGCUUUCAUCAGUGAUGCAUACAUGCAAAUGAAACCGAAUGAUCAUCUUAUCCUUCUGGGCGACUUCAACCAACCUGCGUUAGAGUGGUCGCUUUCUACCGUAGUAAGGCCAGAUUCAUCUUCAGCUAUAAGACAUUAUGUGCCACAUAUUUCUUCGAAUACAUCCAGUUCCUGCUUUUUGGAUAUGUUAAACUUGCAUGAACUCUAUCAGCUGAACGGGGUGCAUAACCAUUUAAAUCAUUAUUUGGACCUGGUGCUCUCCAACUCUGCUGCAGCUGCUUGUUGUUCUGUGUAUCCUGCUUCGUCACUGCUCCUGCCCCAGGAUGCCCAUCAUCCUGCCCUAGAAAUUGCGUUACCGUCUUCUUUAUUUAGGGCUAGUAGGGUUAGGAAU